AGUUCACACUCAGGGUGCUGUCCCCACGGCCGCAGACCGGGCGUAGGAUGCCCACUCAGGCCCGCCCCCGCCUCCAGAGGGUUCGCCCGCAGGCGCAGCGCAAGGAGAAGUCCCGGAACGCGGCGCGCUCGCGGCGCGGGAAGGAGAACCUGGAGUUCUUCGAGCUGGCCAAGCUGCUCCCGCUGCCCGGCGCCAUCUCCAGCCAGCUGGACAAGGCGUCCGUCGUGCGCCUCAGCGUCACCUACCUCGCGCUGGUCUCGGAAGUCUUCGAGCAGCACCUGGGAGGACACAUCUUGCAGUCCCUGGACGGCUUCGUGUUCGCCUUGAACCAGGAAGGAAAAUUCCUCUACAUCUCAGAGACGGUCUCCAUCUACCUGGGUCUCUCGCAGCCUCUCGCUGUUGCUCCCAGAGUCAGCGACCACAUGGACCUGGGGCCCUCGGAGCUGGUGGGCCGCAGCUGCUACCAGUUCGUCCACGGACAGGACGCCACCAGGAUCCGCCAAAGCCACGUGGAUUUGCUGGACAAGGGUCAGGUGAUGACCGGCUACUAUCGCUGGCUGCAGCGCGCGGGGGGCUUUGUGUGGCUGCAGUCCGUGGCCACCGUGGCCGGGAGCGGGAAGAGCCCCGGGGAGCACCACGUUCUCUGGGUCAGCCACGUGCUCAGCCAAGCCGAGGGUGGCCAGACCCCUCUGGAUGCCUUCCAGCUUCCAGCCAGUGUGGCCGGCAAAGACGCACCCAGCCCAGGGCCAGAGCCCACAGAGCCGGAGCCGGAGCCCCCCGCGGAAGGGAA